AAAACUAGCUGGAAACGAGAGAGAGAGAGAGAGAGAGAGAGAGAGAGAGAGAGAGAGAGAGAGAGAGAAAAAAUAACCAAGAAACACAAACUAAACCUAAAUUCGAGAGGCGAAGAUACGAGUGAUCGAGAGAGGAAGGGAAAGAGAGCAAGGGCGAGGGAGGGAAACAAGUCCCAAGAGGAGAGAAGAGGAAGAGGAAGAGAAAGAGAAGAGGAGUGGGUAGCGCGUGUGUCAUGCCCGUGGUGGCAGCCCUGCUUCUCACAGUCACCCUCUUGGGGAUCUGCUUCAACUGUUACAUCUUGUUCCUGUCUUGCACUCAAAACUUCAGACAGACCCGCACCACCACACACAUCCUUCUGCUGCAUCUCGGCGUGAUCGACCUCCUGCUGGCCGCCAUCUUCCUCUUCGCCCUCUUCCCGUCAUUCCUGAAGGAGGGUUGGCUGAGCGGCGCGGGGUGCUGGGUGGCUGGCGGGGCGUGGGCUACCCUGCACGUGGCCGCGGUGUGGACGAUCACGGCCCUCAACCUGGACAAGUAUGUGGCCAUUGCAGCGCCGCUGCACUACGCCCGCUUCGUAUCCCCGGCGCGAGUGGCCGCAGCCGUGGGCGUAUCGUGGGUGUUGGCCGCCAGUCUGUGCGCGCUGCCUAUGGCGCUGCCGGGGAUGCGCGGCGCGCCACAGCCUCCCACAGGAUGCUCACUGGACCUCGCCUCGGCGCCGCCACUGCUGGGCCGCUCCUAUGCCUUCACCCUGGCCCUGCUGGGGUACCUGCUGCCCGCCCUGCUGGUGGCCACCGCCAACUUCCGCAUCCUAGUGAUUGCGCGCCACCACCGCCACCGCAUCGUGACGGCGUUGUGGGACGUGACGGUGUCUGCCCAAGCCACCGUCACGCCCCAGCGCUCACAUUUCUACCUCAGCCGCUACCGAGGCCGCUCCGCCGCCACCACCGUGUGUCACUUGGUGGGCACCUUCCUGCUGCUGUACCUGCCGCCUGCCGCCUGCGUGCUGUACGAGGCCGUGGCGCGCGUGCGUCCGCCCCACACCCUUGUGUUGGCCAACCUGGUCCUCCUCACCCUGGCGCCUGCCAUCAACGGCUUCGUGUACGGCAUCAAGAGCAAGGUGCUCAGGAAGAACUUCAAGAACUUCUUGCGGAAACGUUUGUACCGCAGCGAAGUGAACUACGAAAUCCAGUCUCGCGCGCCAUCAGUGUCCGCAUCACGCCGGCCGUCGAUGACGCCGUCCCUGUCCAUGCCGCUCCAGCACAAGCUGCAGCGGCGCAUGUCGGAGAUCCUGGUGCAGCCCUCCGUGGCGGCGGCUGGCGACGCGGCUACCGGUGCGCCCCGCCUGGUGCGGCGGUCCUCCGAGCUCAGCAUGCGUGCCCGUGGCGGCUCCAGCUGCUCCAUCACCCGCGAGACUCCCCCACCGCGGCUACCCAGCAGCUCGCCCCUCGGGGUGCAGGGUGAUAGCACGUCUGCGGCCAAGGAGGCGCCCACCCCUUCCCCCAAGAUAGCCUCUCCCCCUAAGAGUCCCAAGAGUCCGAAGAGUCCCCUGAUCCGCCCCUCAAGAGUGUUCCGUUUCCUGCAGCAGUCCAACAGUCUGGAGGAAAACGCCGGGGUGGAGGUGGAGGGCGGCGGGCCGGCCCUCGCCGCCACGCACCGCUCUUCGCUCAGGCGAGCACUAUUCGCCCGCAACAAGCAGAAGAGUCUCGACUUUGAGAUGACGAGCCUCACCCCGCACGACACCGCCGCGGAGGUGCCGCCCCGCAGCGCCUCCACGCAGGUGGUGGGAGAGCCGGCCUCUCCCUCCCUGGCGCGGCCGUUGUUGCUGGACGGUCAGGCUCCGCCGCCGCCGCUCUCCCCCGCCAGGAAGACCAAGCGGGUCUCGUGGUCCUCCGACAGCUUCUCGGACUCCCCGAUGGAGUCUGACUCCGAUGCCAUGACGCCCACUGGAGCCGGGGUGGCGGGCGCCGGGACGGCGAGCUCCAUGGGGCCCCGCUACCGCACCAAGGCGCUGCUGCGACACAACGGCCUGCGCUUCCAUUUCUCCAAAGUGUCGCUCGAGAGGAUUGACUCUGAGGACACCCGCGCCCCUCCAGCAGAGAUGAACGGGCCCGGCCCGUCCCCGCCGCCCACGCUCACCAUGGUACACCAGGCCACCCUCCACGGUGCGCCCGUCACCAACGGUAGGAUUGUGUCCAGCCUCAACGGCCGCCCCAAGCUGCUGACGGCGGGUUUCCGGGACUGAGGCGCGGGACGCGGCCUGGCGAGGCGGGGCGACAGGAAACACUGACCAUAGAGAAACACUAGCGCCUUGCUGCCCCGCUCCGCCAGGCGAGACCUUAACACUCCCACACCCAGGUGUGCCCGCCACUCCACCGCGCGCCUGCCACCGAGGCGCCACACAUGUCAUUCCAGCGAGCCAGGCCAGUUUACCUCAGUCCCACAGCUAGGACGCGCCAAGGAAGACGGGAUAUGGCACACGUUUUCCUCCCUCCACGCCCCCACGCCCACCAGGGCACUCUACUCGAGCUUUCCCUCUCGUCCUGCCCCAUCCCGGCAUCUCCGCCCCGCCCCAUUGACUUCUCUCGCCAUGAGUACACUGACUCUUCGAGAGCACAAGGACACCUAUGAUCUCACGCGCUGACAGCCACGACGCUCUUCCUCCAAGGUGACGCGAAGAUGACGCGGCGCGGUACCCCAUCCCCUUCCCCAGUCCCUAGGCGUGCCCGGGCCCUGGCGAGGCGAGGAGAGAUGGCCCGGGCCUUUGUGUACUAGUGAGUCUUUAUGUUCUCUGUGAUGGCGCCCUUCACUUUCCCUCACGCCCCAACAGCUUGUUUCACUGUGCCCCUUUACUCCGCACCGCAAACCCCCACGGGGCGCUCCACGAGGCGAGCGUCUGGCACUCACUCGCCCCGGUGACGUCACGCAAGUGUCUGACACACGCACGCCUUGUUGAACGCUGCUCCGGUUUGUCUUCGCGCCUCAAGCAAACAAACACACGCCCAAACUCCGCUAUAUUGACAAAGGCGGCUCUGUCAGUGGUGCAGGGCUGCUCGCCGCCCGAGAGGUGUGAGUUCCAGCCUGGCUCACGGCAGCGGCGCCUGUGACAGCAGGAGUGGCGUGUUUCUCUCACCUCGCGAGGUUCCUUAUGACCCUCUUGUUGUGGUGCGGUAACUCAAUACGUAAUACAAGAUAUAGUCAGCAAUGAUUCACACACACACACACACACACACACACACACACACACACACACACACACAC